GCCAGAUUCGUGCAUAUAAAAUAGGCUGAUCCUUUAUGAACGGCAUCGUUGCAGUAGUAACGGCAAGCAAAAUACAAUAAUAUGCUUGCUUCUCGAACCACGGCUGUGAUGGCUUACCUGGCUAUUUCUGUCUCGGCCGGCGGACACGAGCGUGUUGGCUUAAAUCACAAAGGUGCACUUACGCACGGCCAUGGCGGCUUUGAUCUUGGAUACGGCCAUGGAUCUCUAUACGGCUAUGGUCUGGGUGGCAUGUCGUAUGGUUUAAACUAUGGCAAAACAACAGGAGGAUACCGUAAGAAAACAGUAGCAUUAGCUAAGCCCGCGACAGUCGGUUACAAUGAUCCUGUACAUGUACACGGUGCGAUCUUCGGAAAUUAUGGAUUAAGGGGGUAUGGCUUUGAACUUUUGGGUCGUGAUGCCGGACAUCAUGGAAGUCACGAAAUCUACGACAAGGCCGUCGCCACCGUUCCCAUUUCUAUUGAAAAGGACUACGGACAUAGCUUGACGCUUGGUGGUCACGGAUUUGCUAAACUAAGCCACAACGGUGGUGGCAGUAAUGGGGUUGCAUUGGGUCACAAAGCCGUUGCUAUUACGCAGCCAGUCACUUACGGUGGUUAUGGUCACAGAUAUGGAUUUGCUCUAGGAGGUUAUGGAAGUGGUGAUCUUGCCUACGGAUGCAAUGGCUAUGGAAAAACUACUGCUGUCACUCCACCCAUAUUUAUCGGAAAGGGUCACGGAGGCAUUGUCCUUAAACACGGUGCUGGUUUAAUUGGUCUCGGUCGUGGAAAACUUGACGAAUAUAGUGGAAAAUCAGUCGCUAUUAUUUCUGACGUCGUCGGUAAAAGCUACGGAGGUCACGGCUUCGGGCAUGACUCUGGAAUUGUUCUCUCUGGACACGAUAUUGAGCAUGGCACUCCUGUGAUCUCGGGAAUCGUUAAAGCGGGUGUUCCUGUUUCAUUCGUUCAUGAACAGUAGGAAGACGGAUGUAUCGAAGGAGAUGAAACUAGCUUCCAUUUAGCCUAAUCAUUUGUACACAUUGUUCAUAUACAUACGCUGCUGUGUUAAUUAGUACUAUUAAUUAACUAAUACAUUAAUGUUAAUAAUUAAUAAAUUAGCAUGUAAUUGACAAGUCAAACUAGCAAU